AUGGCUGAGUUCUUACUACCUGGUACCAACAACUUCCGUAAGUUCACUUCUGAAUCCUUGGCUGCUAUCGAAAAAAGAAUUGCUGCCAAGAAGAAUUGUCAAAGAAAUCCUAUUGAACAGAAACCUGAGGAGAAAUCACGUCCUCAGCUUGACCUAAAAGCUUUCCAGAAGUUGCCAGCUCUCUAUGGAAAUCCUCCUCCAGAACUCAUUGGGGAACUACUGGAGGAUCUUGACCCAUACUACAAAGACCGUAAGAUUUUCAUUGUGCUAAACAAACAGAAAACCAUCUUCAGGUUUACUGCUACACGUGCUUUAUGGAUCCUCAGUCCUUUCCAUCCAAUCAGAAGAACAGCCAUUAAAAUUUCAGUACAUUCAUUAUUCACUUGGUUUAUCAUGUGCACUAUCAUAACUAAUUGUGCAUUCAUGGCUUUGACGGAGUCUUCCAAGUCUUCUCCAUCUCCUUUGUGGAACAAGUAUGUUGAAUUUACUUUCACUGGCAUUUACACUUUUGAAUCAUUGAUAAAAAUAUUGGCAAGAGGAUUCUGUCUAAAUGAAUUCACUUUCCUUCGAGAUCCGUGGAACUGGUUGGAUUUCAGUGUUAUCAUUAUGGCCUAUGUGGGAGCAUUUAGUAACCUCGGGAGCAUGUCUGUCCUUCGGACUUUCAGGGUUCUGAGAGCUUUAAAAACCAUUUCCAUAGUCCCAGGACUCAAGAUCAUUGUAGGGGCACUGAUCCAGUCUGUUAAGAAACUUGCCAAUGUGAUGAUCCUGACUCUUUUCUGCCUGAGUGUCUUUGCUCUCAUAGGCCUCCAGCUUUUUAAGGGCAAUCUAAGACAAAAGUGUAUCAGGAACUCUACAGAGCUCAGUAAAAUAUCUUCUCUCUUUAACAAAACAUGGGAAUCCUAUGAAAUGUUCGAUAAUGACACAGUGUACUUUGCCAAGAAAGAGGGCACCUCAGAUAUUUUGCUGUGUGGUUCUGGUGCUGGGACCUGUCCUCCAGACUAUGUAUGUAUGAAAAUUGGGCCAAAUCCUGAUUACGGUUUCACUAGUUUUGAUACCUUUGGUUGGGCUUUUCUUUCCUUAUUCCGCCUGAUGACCCAGGACUACUGGGAGCGUCUGUACCAGCAGACCCUCAGAGCUUCUGGAAAGGUGUAUAUACUCUUCUUCAUGCUGGUCAUCUUUCUGGGCUCAUUUUAUUUAGUCAACUUGAUACUGGCUGUAGUAACAAUGGCAUAUGAAGACCAGAACAAGGCCACCAUUGCUGAAACGGAGGCAAAAGAAAGGAAAUUUCGGGAAGCCAUGGAAUUAUUACAGAAGGAGCAAGAGUCAUUGGGUAUUAAAGGAAUUGAUAUCCUGUCAAUUGGCUCCUUGGAAGCAUCUUCUCUAUCUACCAAAGAAAUCAAAGAAAGAAGCAAUAGGAAGAAAAGAAAUAAAUCCUUGGGAAUAGAAGAUAAUGCAGAAGAACAACUCCCCAAGUCACAGUCCACAGACAGUCAACGAAAGUUGCCAGCUGUAAAUGAUGAGAGCAGCAUGAUGCAUUUGCCUCCUCAUCUGUCAGUGGAGUACUUUAAUGAGGCACUUCAGAGACAAAGGGCAGCAAGUGCAGUCAGCAUAAUUACCAGUGUCUUGGAGGAACUUGAAGAAUCCCAACGGAGAUGCCCACCGUGCCUGAAUGAUUUUGCUUUAAAGUAUCUAAUUUGGGACUGUUGUCCGCUUUGGUUGAAAAUCAAGAAAAAAGUGGCUGCUUUCAUAAAGGAUCCUUUUAUUGAUCUCACCAUCACUCUUUGCAUUGUGAUGAACACUUUGUUCAUGGCACUGGAGCACAAUAAUAUGUCAGAUAAUUUUAAAUCGAUGCUUAAUGUAGGCAACUUGGUUUUUACAGGAAUCUUCACUGCAGAAAUGAUCUUAAAAAUAAUUGCUCUAGACCCCUAUUAUUAUUUUCAGCAACACUGGAAUAUUUUUGACAGUAUAAUUGUCACACUGAGUUUAAUUGAACUGAGUUUACCCAAAAGCAAAAGCAAGAAAGAAAGGCGAAAAGGAGGAACCCUCUCAGUUUUACGAUCCUUCAGACUGCUGAGGGUCUUCAAACUGGCGAAGUCCUGGCCAACUUUGAACACUCUAAUUAAAAUCAUUGGUAACUCCCUGGGAGCGCUGAGUAACUUGACCCUCGUCCUGGCAAUCAUCGUUUUCAUUUUUGCUAUAGUAGGGGUACAACUUUUUGGGAGAAGCUAUGGGGAGAACAGCCAUAAAAUAACCAAAAAUGGCAAGCCACGCUGGCACAUGAUGGACUUUUUCCACUCGUUCCUUGUCAUUUUCCGAAUUCUGUGUGGAGAAUGGAUCGAGACCAUGUGGGACUGCAUGGUGGUGGCUGAGCGACCACUGUGCCUUCUUGUCUUUCUGCUAGUCAUGGUGAUAGGAAAUUUAGUGGUUCUCAACCUUUUCAUUGCACUGCUGCUGAAUUCCUUCAGUACCGACUGUCUCCAGACAGCAGAGGAUGACGGAGAGAUGAACAACCUUCGGAUUGCCUUUGCUCGGAUCCACAAGGGAUUUCAGUUUGUGAAGAGUAUUACAUGGGAUACCUGUUGUGGAAAGCUCAGGCAUAUAAAGAAAGCACACAGGAAGAAAAUCAAACUGGCUCCACAGAACCCCCUUGGGUUCAAGAAUGAAGAAAUCAAAAAUUGUAAAGAGAAUUACAAUAAUGAAUGGGCUGAGAAAAAUGGGGACAAAUGCUCAGGUCUUGAAGAUUUUAUUACCAAUCCCAAUGUAUUUGUUUGUGUCCCUAUUGCUGAGGCAGAGAAUACAAGUGAGGGUUUUGAAGAUGAUGAUGAUAAGCUGAGCACAUUUACAGACAUAGAAUGCAGCAAACAGUUUGACAGUGUCAGCUCUUCUGAAGGCAGCACAGUGGAUCUGACAAAUCCUGAAGAUCUUUUGAGGCAGAUUCCAGAGUUUGCUGAAGACUUCAAGACUCCAGAAAAAUGUUUUCCAGAAGGCUGUGUUCGAUACUUUCGUUGCUACGUGGGUAGUGCCAUAAAGUUUGGAGGAGAAACAUGGUGGAAUCUGAGAAAAACCUGCUACCAGAUUGUUGAACACUCCUGGUUUGAAACCUUUAUUAUAUUCAUGAUUCUUCUGAGCAGUGGAGCCCUGGCAUUUGAAGACAUCCAUAUAAAUAAGAGAAAAAGCAUUAAAAUGAUGUUGAUGUUUCUUGACAAAUUGUUCACUUUCAUCUUUGUUCUGGAGAUGCUCCUGAAAUGGGUAGCUUACCGCUUCAAGAAGUAUUUCACCAAUGCCUGGUGCUGGCUGGACUUUCUUAUUGUGGAUGUCUCUUUAAUAAACCUCUUAGGCAGUUCAUUUGGUGCCGUGAAAUCGCUUAGGACUCUCCGAGCUCUGAGACCCUUAAGAGCAUUAUCACGAUUUGAAGGGAUGAGGGUGGUUGUCAAUGCCCUCAUAGGAGCUAUCCCUUCCAUCAUGAACGUUCUGCUUGUCUGCCUCAUCUUCUGGCUCAUCUUUAGCAUCAUGGGAGUGAAUCUCUUUGCUGGCAAGUUUGGGAAAUGUGUCAACCUGACAGAAGAAGAUUCAGAAUUAAAUAUUUUCAUCAAUGACAUAACAGACUGUAGAAAGUAUAAUAACACAGGAAAAAUAUUCUGGGUCAAUGUUAAAGUCAACUUUGAUAACGUUGGCUCUGGCUACCUGGCUCUUCUUCAGGUGGCAACAUUCAAAGGUUGGAUGGACAUCAUGUAUGCGGCAGUAGAUUCACGAGAGAAAAAUGAGCAGCCACAAAUGGAGCACAGUCUAUUUAUGUAUCUCUACUUCGUGAACUUCAUCAUUUUCGGAUCUUUUUUUACCCUGAAUCUCUUUGUUGGUGUUAUUAUUGACAACUUCAACCAACAAAAGAAAAAGAUAAGUGGGGAAGAUAUCUUUAUGACAGAAGAACAGAAAAAAUAUUACAAUGCAAUGAAAAAGUUGGGAUCCAAGAAACCUCAAAAACCCAUUCCAAGACCACUGAACAGAUACCAAAGGUUCCUUUUUGACAUUGUAACAUGCCAAGCCUUUGAUGUUGUCAUCAUGAUUCUCAUCUGCCUUAACAUGAUUGCGAUGAUGGUGGAAACCUAUGACCAAAGUCCAGUGAAGGCUAACAUCCUUAAUAAAAUCAAUAUAUUCUUCAUUGCCAUCUUUACUGCAGAAUGUGGACUGAAAUUGGUGGCUCUGAGGCAGUAUUAUUUCUCAAAUGCCUGGAACAUAUUUGAUAUAGUGGUUGUGAUCAUGUCACUUAUUGCUUUACUACUUUCUGACAUCGGUAGUGCAUUUGAACAUUUCUUACCACCUACACUCUUCAGGGUCAUUCGCUUGGCUCGGAUUGGACGAAUACUGAGACUUAUUCGGGCUGCCAAAGGAAUUCGCACUCUGCUUUUUGCCUUAAUGAUGUCCCUACCUGCUCUGUUCAACAUUGGCCUCUUGCUUUUUCUGGUCAUGUUCAUCUAUGCUAUUUUUGGCAUGGCUAACUUUGCCUAUGUGAAGAUGGAAGAUGGCAUUGACGACAUGUUCAACUUCCAAACCUUUGCUAACAGCAUGCUCUGUCUCUUCCAAAUCACAACAUCAGCUGGCUGGGAUGGUCUUCUCAACCCUAUUUUAAACACUGGGCCACCAUACUGUGAUCCAAACAUAAAUGGUAUUAUAGGUGAAUGUGGUAAACCUGCCAUAGGCAUUAUUUAUUUUGUAAGUUACAUCAUUAUUUCGUUUCUCAUUGUUGUAAACAUGUAUAUAGCUGUCAUUCUGGAGAACUUCAAUGCUGCUACUGAGGAAAGCACAGAGCCUUUAGGGGAAGAUGACUUUGACAUCUUUUAUGAAAUCUGGGAGAAGUUUGAUCCCGAGGCAAGUCAAUUUAUAACUUUCUCUGAGCUUUCAGACUUUGCAGACGCUCUGGCUGAACCUUUACGUGUACCAAAACCAAACAAAGUUGAACUCAUAGCAAUGGACCUGCCCAUGGUCAGUGGAGACAGGAUCCACUGCCUGGAUAUCUUGUUUGCUUUCACCAAACGAGUGUUAGGAGAUUCUGGGGAGCUGGAUACUCUGAAAGUGCAAAUGGAGGAGAAGUUCAUGGCUGCCAAUCCAUCAAAAAAAUCCUAUGAACCAAUCUCUACUACACUCAGACAGAGACAAGAAGAAGCUUCUGCCACGGUCAUCCAGCGUGCCUACAGGAGUCAUUUGCUCCUGCGCUCUGUAAAGCAGGCUUCUUAUCUGUACCAUCACAGAACUUGCAGUAUUGAUUCUCUUGGAGAUGGUGCUCCAGAAAAAGAAGGACUUAUUGCAUCUAUGAUGGGUGAAAACUAUGGUAGGAAUCCUGACAAGUCUGAAACUUUGUCCUCAGCAUCCAUUCCUCCAUCAUAUGACAGUGUCACAAGAGCCAGUAGUGGCAAUCUCAUGGUUGAGAAUGAAGAAAUCACAGGUAAUCAACAAUCUCCAGACAUUAAAUAG